AUGGAAUCGGAUAAUGCACACGGCGAAGUGUUUCUAUUCACGUCAGAAUCAGUCGGUGAAGGACAUCCGGAUAAAAUCUGUGAUCAAGUCAGCGACGCUGUACUCGAUGCUUGUUUAAGUCAAGAUCCCAAUGCUAAAGUUGCAUGUGAAUCAUGUACCAAAACUGGUAUGGUUUUAAUAUGCGGCGAAAUAACAACAACAGCUAAACUUGAUUACCAAAAAAUUGUCCGUGAUACAGUACGUGAUAUUGGUUGGGAUUCUUCAGAUAAAGGUUUCGAUUAUAAAACAAUGAAUGUUCUUGUUGCACUUGAACAACAAUCACCUGACAUAGCCCAAGCCGUACAUGAAAAACGAGAAGAUGAAGAUAUUGGUGCUGGUGAUCAAGGUCUAAUGUUUGGUUAUGCAACUGAUGAAACUGAAGAAUGUAUGCCAUUAACUGUUACACUCUCUCAUCAACUUAAUGCUAAAAUGGCUGAGUUAAGACGUAAUGGUGAAUUAGAUUAUCUUCGACCUGAUUCGAAAACGCAGGUUACUGUGGAAUAUAAAUUUGAUAAUGGCGCAUGUAUUCCUCUACGUGUGCAUACCAUUGUUAUAUCUACUCAACACAGUCCAUCGGUUACACAGGAACAAUUACGAGAUGAUCUUCUGAAUAAAGUUAUUAAAACAGUUGUACCAAAAAAUUUGCUGGAUGAUAAAACAGUUUACUAUUUAAAUCCAUCGGGUAAAUUUGAAAUCGGUGGUCCUCAAGGGGAUGCUGGUUUAACUGGUAGAAAAAUUAUUGUCGAUACAUAUGGUGGAUGGGGUGCUCAUGGUGGAGGUGCUUUCAGUGGAAAGGAUCCAUCAAAAGUCGAUCGAUCAGGUGCUUAUGCUGCUCGUUGGGUCGCUAAGUCACUUGUUAAAGCAAAACUUUGCCGUCGUUGUCUUGUUCAAAUAUCUUAUAGUAUUGCUAUUGCUGAACCCUUAUCGGUAUCUGUUUUUUCAUAUGGUACCUCAUCAAAAACCAACAAUGAAUUACUUCGAAUAGUUAAAAAUAAUUUUGAUCUUCGUCCAGGUAUAAUCGCUCGGGAUCUUAAUUUGAAAACUCCAAUUUACACGAAAACAGCAUGCUAUGGACAUUUUGGUCGACCAGAAUUUCCAUGGGAACAAGCCAAAGAACUUAAAUUAUGA